AUGCCCAGUGGAGUGCAGUAUCAGGUUGAGGAGGCUGGAAAAGCUCUUAGUUGCACCGCUGGACUACCAAGGCUGCAGAGCAAAGCACAGAAUGGAGUUCGGGGCGACCAGGCUGCAGCUACCGCCUUCCAUCAACGCUGGCCAGCAUGGAUACUGCUGUGGGUCUCAACCCUGAGCUGUUCUUUCUCCUUGCCAGCUUCUCUCCCUCCUUCUCUGGUACCCCGAGUCAGAAGCAGCUACACUCUGGGAAAGACAUUCCUCGGUCUUGAUAAAUGCAAUGCCUGCAUCGGGACAUCCAUUUGUAAGAAGUUCUUUAAAGAAGAAAUAAGGUUGGACAACUCACUGGUUUCCCACUUGGGACUGCCUUCUCAGGACUUGCUUUCUUAUGCUGCAAAUUACUCAGAUGACUCUAAAACCUGGCGCCCUGUGGAGAUUUCUCGACUGGUCAGCAAGUACCAAAGUGAGAUCUCUGACAGGAGGAUCUGUGCCUCUGCAUCAGGACCAAAGACCUGCAGCAUUGAGCGCAUCCUUCGGAAAACAGGAAGGUUCCAGAAAUGGCUGCAGGCCAAGCGCCUCACACCUGACCUGGUGCAGGGCCUGCCCAGUCCCUUCCUGCACUGCCCUUCACAAAGACUCUUGGACCGUGUGGUUCGACGAUAUGCUGAAGUAGUUGAUGCUGGCAGCAUCUUCAUGGACCACUUCACUGACCGUGACAAGCUGCGUCUCCUCUACACACUGGCUGUCAAUGCACACCCCAUCAUCCUGCAGAUCUUCCCUGGAGCAGAGGGCUGGCCGAUGCCCAAAUACCUGGGCUCCUGUGGUAGAUUCCUGGUCAGUACUAGUACCAGACCGCUGCAAGAAUUUUAUGAUGCCCCUCCAGAGCAAGCUGCUGACAUUGCCUACCAACUCCUUGGGGUCCUGGAAUCCCUGAGGAGCAAUGAUUUGAACUAUUUCUUCUACUUCACCCAUGUUGAUGCAGGCAUGUUUGGCAUCUUUGACAAUGGGCAUCUGUUCAUCCGAGAUGCCAGUGCCCUAGGCAUCAUCGACAAGCAGGAAGCCAGCCAAGCAGCUGACAGGACUGGAGAGAAUGAAGACAUUUUUACCUGCCUGGUUUCUGGAUGCCAGGUCCAGAUGUCUUCCUGUGACACUGUCCCUGAGAAGCAAAACCUUGUGCUGGUGUGUCAGCAGCUGCUGCCUCAACUUCUCCAGGGAAAGUUUCCCUUCCCUGUGCAACAGGAGAUAGACUCUGCUCUCAGCUUAUGUAGCAAGGAUGCCAGCACAAACCUAGAAGUUUUUGGGGCCACCAGUCUGCUCAAGAAUAUCUUGAGAUCUCUGAGAACCUGUGAUCCUAGAUUUGCCUACCGCUACCCAGACUGCAAGUAUAAUGACAGAUUCUGA